AAAAAUUAAGGGUAAAAUUUGAAAAACCAAUGGCACAAUCCUCGGCGCUCACCCAAUCCCGUCGGUGACCAAACCGAAGCACGGCUCUGCUGGCGUUUUCCGACGAUCCUUAUCCUUCUCGCCGCCGGCUAAGGGUUUCAUUUCUCCUAGCGGCCACCACCGCCACGGCUUCCGCUUCCAAGAGACUGAGCCAGUGCAAUUGGAAACCAGAUGUCCCAGUUCCUAGGUUCGAAGAUAAAUAAGAGCUCUUGCCUUUUGAUCCUGUUUACGAGCACCUAAGUUCAAAAUCAGAGGUUUCCUGAUCUAAUUCUGCCCACGUUGUCAGUUGAAAGUACAUAAGGCCUCUUGCUUUUUCCUUUGGAUGCUAUUUAUAAACCCACCAGUCUCGAAAUCAGCAAUUUCCUGAUCUAGUGCUACCCUCUUUGUCGGGUAAAAAUUAUAUCCAUCUCUCAGUCGUUCAUACUUCGUAGAUGCAGAAAACCAAGGUUGUAAUAUAUAGGGACUCUUGCUUUUGCUUUUGAUGCUAUUUAUGAACACACCAGUGUCAAAGUCAGCAGUUUCCUGAUCUAGUGCUACUCUCUUUGUCAGGUUGUAAUAUAUAGGGACUCUUUCUUUUUCCCUUUUGAUGCUAUUUAUGAACACGCCAGUAUCAAAAUCAGCAAUUUCCUAAACUAGUGCUGCUCUCUUUAUAAGGUUGUAAAUAUAGGGGCUCUUGCUUUUGCCUUUGAUGCUAUUUAUGAAGCACAUGUGUCAAGAUCAGCGGUUUCCUGAUCUAGUGCUACCCUCAUUGUCAGAAUAAAAAGUUGUAAUUAAAUCAGAUUCAUGCCGGUCGCCAUGAAAAGACCCCGCGGUAGCAGUACAAUAACCCAGUCAUCCCCAGUAGCACCACCACCACCACCUCCACCGGCUUUGGCCUCUAAUGAUCAUGUUCAUCACUCUAAAAGACAAAAAAUAUUCUCAACACCAGCAGCAACCAGGUCAUCAUCAAAAAAUCUUGAUCAUCUGCCAGAGUCUUUAUUGGUUGAAAUCCUUUGUCGACUCCCUUGUUUUAAGUCCGUUUCUCAAUGCAAGCUCGUUUCCAGGCAUUGGUGCACUCUCCUGUCAGAUCAUCAUUUUAUCCGCCGUUUUCUAUGCGUCCAAAGGAGUCUUGAGAACAAACCAAUAGGUACUGCCAUAAGCAUGAAAGGGGAGGAAUUCCUUAAUGGAGUUUCGCCAUCCUCUAGGCCCCUAGCUCAGUUGUUCAAUAGGAUUAUGAGUAUCCACGGUUUGAAACAAGAGCCAAUUGUGGUAGGUGCCUACAACGACUUAGUUUUGUGCUGCGCAAGCGAGUAUAGUCAGCGCGACUACUACAUCUGCAAUCCACAUACAGUCCAGUGGGUUCCUCUUCCUCCCCCACCUCAAGUCUACAAUUAUGUAACGGUGGGGUUCACCUGCGAUCUUCCCUACUAUGACUAUAAGAAAGAUGAUCAGCAAGGGGACAUCAUCCAGCUUAAUGCGGAGUAUAAGUACAGGGUUGUGAGAUUAAUUGAUCCUCGUGUUGAUGACGAUGACGAUGACGAUGAUGAUUUACUUUCCUGCGAAAUCGAAGCGCAGGUCUUCUUUUCUGAGACCGGUGAAUGGAGGGAGUUUGUUUUAUCAUCCCCAUCAGCCCUUGCAGUAGGAGAACUGUGUAGAGAGAGUACUGGCGUUGCUUCCAACAGAAUGCUGUAUUGGCUAGGCGGUGGAGGAGAUUAUCUUAUUGGGUUGGAUCCGUUCAUGAUCGACAACAGUGAUAGUACUAGAACUCAUUAUAAAUGCUUUUUCAGUGAGUGUGGCGAGUGGGAUUCCGGUUCAAUGGAUUGCCUAGUUACGUUUGACGGGCGUCCGCGGAUGUGCGUGUACUACUCUUCUACUCGCACUCUGUCUAUUUGGGAGGUCAAUGAAGCAAAGGAAGGUGAUCAGACGGUCAUGAUCCACGGGGGAGCAGGCAGUUUGUGUGUGAAACCUUAUAACAGCGUAUACUUGGGGGAUGAAGAAAUGGUUGUGAUUAGUCCAAAUAUAGAUCAUAUUGUUGCGGUUGUUUUCGACCCGAAUAACGAGGAUUUGGUGUAUCUGGUUAUAGAUAAUACCAGAGACUGGAGCAAGAGAGACGUUAUCAGGUGCAAUACUCGUACAAGAGAGAUGUCAAAGGUGUCUACAAAUCCGACAAUCUGUUGUUGGCACCUCUUUCCAUUUGUGCUUCCGUGGUGGCCGACUCCAGUCCGUCAACUACCACAACGUGGCGAGCCCAGGCCAGACCUCUCAGCCUGAUUUGAUAAAAUAAAGAGAUGAAUGUUUGUAUCAUGUUUCUAUCCAAGACUGAUGAAUAAUAGGGUGGGAUGUCUUCUAUGUUUAGCUUUGCUCACGGUAUGUUACCUGUUUGCUAUCAUUCUGUAUAAUUUAGUGUUUUUGGUUAAGUAUGUGUACGUGUGGAUAAAGUUUUAAGAGUUUUCGGCACCUCUCAA